ACCCAGGGAAGUUCAUAUGGGAAUGGAACACAUCCUGACUCAGUUUUGCCACAAAGUGUAAAACUGCCCUGAGGUUGCCAGCCUCAGCCCCUCCACAGAAGUAGCCAGUGGAAUUCCAGCUAUGGGCGAGGUGACUGCAGAGGAGGUGGAGAGGUUCCUGGACUCAAACGUCAGCUUUGCCAAACAGUACUACAACCUUCGCUUCCGGGCCAAGCUCAUUUCAGAACUGCUGGGGGCCAAGGAGGCAGCCGUGGACUUCAGCAGCUACCACUCGCUGAGCAGUGUAGAAGAGAGUGAAAUCAUCUUCGACCUCCUCCGGGACUUUCAGGAAAAUUUGCAGGCUGAGAAAUGCGUCUUCAACAUCAUGAAGAAGAUGUGCUUCCUCCUGCAGGCAGACCGCAUGAGCCUGUUCAUGUACAGGGUCCGAAAUGGCAUCGCAGAGCUCGCCACUCGGCUCUUCAAUGUCCACAAGGAUGCUGUCCUUGAGGACUGCCUUGUGAUGCCUGACUCGGAGAUCGUGUUCCCCUUGGAUAUGGGUGUGGUGGGCUAUGUUGCACACUCUAAAAAGAUGGCCAAUGUCUACAACACAGAAGAGGAUGAGCAUUUCUGUGACUUCGUGGACACCGUCACAGAGUACCAGACCAAGAACAUCUUGGCUUCCCCCAUAAUGAAUGGGAAGGAUGUGGUAGCCAUACUCGUGGCUGUGAAUAAAGUGAAUGGGCCCCACUUCACCAAGAGAGAUGAAAAGAUACUUCUCAAGUAUCUCAAUUUUGCAAAUCUUAUCAUGAAGGUGUACCACCUGAGUUACCUGCACAACUGUGAGACUCGGCGCGGUCAGAUACUGCUGUGGUCUGGGAGCAAAGUCUUUGAAGAGAUCACAGACAUUGAGAGGCAGUUCCACAAAGCCCUGUACACAGUCCGAGCCUUCCUCAACUGUGACAGAUACUCUGUGGGGCUCUUAGGCAUGACCAAGCAGAAGGAAUUUUUUGAUGUGUGGCCAGUUCUGAUGGGAGAGGUUCCAGCCUACUCUGGUCCCAGGACUCCGGAUGGAAGGGAAAUCAACUUUUACAAGGUCAUUGACUACAUCCUACAUGGCAAAGAAGACAUCAAAGUAAUCCCAAAUCCACCUCCUGACCACUGGGCUUUAGCAAGUGGUCUCCCCACGUAUGUCGCCCAAAAUGGCCUGAUUUGCAACAUCAUGAAUGCACCUGCGGAGGACUUUUUUGCAUUCCAGAAAGAGCCUCUGGAUGAAUCCGGAUGGAUGAUUAAAAAUGUCCUUUCUAUGCCAAUUGUGAACAAGAAGGAAGAAAUUGUUGGGGUGGCCACAUUUUACAAUCGCAAAGAUGGGAAGCCCUUCGAUGAAAUGGACGAGACCCUCAUGGAGUCUUUGGCUCAAUUCCUGGGCUGGUCUGUCUUAAAUUCUGACACCUACGAGUCAAUGAACAAACUUGAAAACAGGAAGGAUAUUUUUCAGGACAUGGUAAAAUAUCAUGUGAAGUGUGACAAUGAAGAAAUCCAGAAAAUCCUGAAAACCAGAGAGGUGUACGGGAAGGAGCCCUGGGAAUGUGAGGAGGAGGAGCUGGCUGAGAUCCUGCAAGGAGAGCUGCCAGAGGCAGAGAAAUAUGAAAUUAACAAGUUCCACUUCAGUGACUUGCCCCUGACAGAACUGGAGCUGGUGAAAUGUGGCAUACAGAUGUAUUAUGAACUCAAAGUGGUGGAUAAGUUUCACAUUCCUCAGGAGGCCCUGGUGCGGUUCAUGUAUUCCCUGAGUAAGGGCUACCGCAAGAUCACCUACCACAACUGGCGGCAUGGCUUCAACGUGGGGCAGACCAUGUUCUCCUUGCUGGUGACUGGAAAGCUGAAGAGAUACUUCACAGACCUGGAGGCCCUGGCGAUGGUCACCGCGGCCUUCUGCCAUGACAUCGACCACAGAGGCACUAACAACCUCUACCAGAUGAAAUCCCAGAACCCACUGGCCAAGCUCCAUGGGUCCUCCAUCUUGGAAAGACACCACCUGGAGUUUGGCAAAACACUGCUGAGAGAUGAGGACCUGAAUAUCUUUCAAAACCUUAAUCGCAGGCAGCAUGAGCAUGCGAUCCGCAUGAUGGACAUAGCCAUCAUCGCUACAGACCUCGCCUUGUAUUUCAAGAAGAGGACAAUGUUCCAAAAGAUUGUGGAUCAGUCUAAGACAUAUGACACUCAGCAGGAGUGGACACAGUACCUGAUGCUGGAGCAGACAAGGAAGGAAAUUGUUAUCCCAGGUAGUAGCCCGGUGGCUCAGCGGGCUAGACCCAUGAUGGACAGAAAUAAGGCGGACGAACUCCCCAAGCUUCAGGUUGGCUUCAUUGACUUUGUUUGCACCUUUGUUUAUAAGGAAUUCUCCCGCUUCCAUGAGGAGAUCACGCCCAUGCUGGAUGGGAUCACCAACAACCGCCAGGAGUGGAAGGCACUUGCUGAUGAGUAUGAUGCUAAGAUGAAGGUGCUGGAGGAGAAGCAGAAACAGCAGGCAGCCAAGCAAGGGGCUGCAGGGAACCAGCCUGGCCCAAUAGGGGACAGACCUGCAUCCAAGUCUUGCUGCAUCCAGUAGCACUAGCGGGGAUCAGCUGACCAGUGUGGCACCCUCCUUCAUGGAAGAGAUUAACCAAGCCAGUGGGAAGCCUGCACCUUCUUGAGAAGUAAAGAAGCCAUAGGAUUUGAAGGCUAAAAGAGAAUUCAGCUUACGUCUUAACUAGUGGCUUUCAUUUUGUUAGCCUUGAGAACUUUUCAUUGACCUAAAACCAACAUUCUGGCUUUCAUAGAUAUCAAUUGACAAUUAAUUAAUGCCAGAUUGACCUGCUUGCUUUGAAUCAUUUUGUUCUUAUACUUUCAUUUUAUUGUAAAAUUUUUCAGUCAUUCUCAAAAGUAGAGACUUGUGCAAUGAAUCCCACCCACCUACCCAUUACCCAGAUUCCAAUGUAACAUGGCACCACAUCUGCUUCAUCCAUCCUUUUCAUUUCUCUUUCAUUUUCUUCUUAACUAAAGCAUCUAAAAGAGCAAAUCCCAGACAUACGAUUUCACCCCUCCAUUACACAUGUUUAAGACAUCUGCGUGUUUUUUAACAUAACUGCAUCAUUAUUACAUGUAAUAACGAUCUGGUUGCGGUAGAUGCUGUGAUGAGCAGCUGUACAGGCCCCAUACCAAAGGGUAGAAGACUUGUGGCCCCAGCAGCUGAGUGCCAUUGGCAGACAGCCCUCAGCCAGCCCCUUCAGGAAUGACCUCUGCUGCACGGAGACACGUUACCCAAGGCCAUGUGAGCCCUUUCCCAGGGCGGCCCAUACCCAGUGGCUGAUCCACACAGGUGUCCAGGCCUGCUCAUCUCAGCCCCACAUGGGACAGCUCUGCAAGGCCAUCCAGCUCCAGGAUUCCUCAUGGGACCCACCAAGGAUGUGGCUGGGCUUGUGGCACAGCUCAGCUCCUCCCUCUGCCCACUCCGACCCCUUCCCUUUCCCAGGUGUUGGUGCCAAGGGCACUCCUUAAUAAACACCCUGCAGACUAAGUCCACUGCAGAGGCUGCUUUCUGCAGGACCUAAUGUGACACCAGUCCUUAAUCACCAAUCACUGGUAAAAAAGUCGUUAAAAGUUGGUUUGCUUGAAUCCAGUCCAAACAAGUUUCACACUGUGUUCAGUCAUUAUCUCCCUUGUUUCUUUUUGACAGUGCUCCCUCCUCUUUUUUCUUGGUCAGUGUCGUAUUGCUGAGAGCCAGUUGUUCCAUAUUCUGGAUUUAUCCAGGUGCUUCCCUGUGGUGGCAUAUAACACGUUGCCCUGUCCCCAUUCUCCUAUAAGCAGGCGUUAGCUCUAAAACUUCUCUUCCUUCCAGUGAAAUGUUAUGCAAAAGCUAAUAUAUUAAAGCAGUUGCU